AUGACUAGCAGUCAAAUCUCACUCCCGGGCUUCUCAGCACAGCAAGUCAGCUCUCUCACCGUCCUCAUUCAACACGUGCUUGAUCAGGCAUUCAAACAACACUUUGGCCCACUGCCACCACAGCAAAAGCAGUCAGUCAUAACGCCAAAGCCGGCACAGCCGUCAGAGCAGGAACAGAAGCAUAAGCCACUGCAACAGGCAACUGCGGAGAACAUUGCGGAGAAAAUCAUGGAGAAGAACAAGAGCAUGGACAGCAGCAGUCCUAUUCAAGCGGGCACACUCUCCACAAUUGAACACCAGGCCACUAUGCAUAAUUGCGGAGAACCUUCCUCUCGCCUCAGCAAUACACCGGUUUUCGCCACCCCUCUCGCCUCUCUUCUCACCUCUCUUCUCGCUCUCGCCUCUCCGCCCGACUACAUUCGAUUCGCGAAGGAUAUGGAGGCUAUAGGCCAAGGAUAG